AAGAAUAAAGCUUUUAAUCAGAAUAAACUCAUAAAGUAGCCUACUAGCCUAGUAAGGCAAAAAAUGCGUUACUAUCCGCAUAUUACCGCAAUUAUUUAGGACAAGCGGAGGUGUAAGACACUCGAGGAAAAAAAAAAAAAGAGAGAAAAGAAAAACCAAGUUGCAAAACUAUAAGAAUCCUUUGCAUUUGCACUUAAGAGCAACCAUAUACAUUAUCUCCAUUGCUUGACCACCUGAAGAAAAGACAAGAGAGAAGGCACAAUGAUGAGGGGAUACAGAGACUCUCUAUCACAUGGAGAUGGGCAACUCAGAUGGGAUCAUCCUUUUGUUUCUCAAGAUAAUCCAAGAUAUGGCGCACCGAUUGGAUAUAGGCCAUUAGAAGAAAGAUCUGUUUUAAGACCCUUUGGCCUCACUAGUAUUCCCAUGGAUCCUUACGCAGCAACAAGAAUGAUGAUGCUGAGCAACAACACAGGUCACGGAGUAAGCCCUAGACUUCCACAAAUACAAUAUUCACAGCAGCUAAUACCCAGAUACAUUGGCCAAGAAACUGAUGGCUCAAAGCUAAUAACAAGAGAAGAGCAAGAGAUUGUUCUUAAGAAACUCAAGAAACAAAUUUAUAAUCCUAUGCCUAAGAUUCUGGCAAGAAGAGUGAGCCUAUACUAUAGAGAUCUUAAUAGAGACCCUAAUAGUAAGGCGAUGGAAAAGCAUAGAGAUGAAGAAAAGAAAAGUUGUGCUAUUUGUUUAGAGGAUUUUGAGCCUAGAGAAGAAGUGAUGCUGACUCCUUGCACUCAUAUGUUUCAUGAAGAAUGCAUUGUACCUUGGGUGAAGGAACAUGGGAAGUGUCCUGUUUGUAGGGCCAAUUUUUUUGAGAGAAGAGAGAAUGGCUCGGCGUCGAACAUCGAUAGCAGACAGGUGGUUCAUCAGCCUGCUGCUGAUCACCGUCUUCUGUUUUCUGACGAGCUUCUCUCUGUUAUUCAAGCUAUGGAUGAAGCUUUUUCUUGGAGAUUUUAAUUAGCUCUUUUGGACAUUUUUAGGGGGGCAUCAAACGAAUGUUGUUAUGUAAUUAUGUUAUAGUGUUAAAGGAGAAAACUCCAAGAUAUUUGAAAAUACUUGCAACCAACGUGCUCCAAAUCAAUUACCAUUUUUGAAUUGCCGAAUUUUCAAUUCAGCAAUCAGUAGACAAACAAUACCUCCCUUCUUUUUUGCCUCUUAUCAUCCUUAGAAAGCCCAGAUCAGUUUAAAUUGUAAGGUAAUAGUACUGUCUUUUUAUUUAUCUUUUUGCACUGUGUAGAUGCAUUUUAUUGCUAUAUUCCCCUCUUUCCCUCUA